CAUGCUGAUAAUAUAAUAUGAUGAGUAUGACGUUCAUGUUGAACCGAUCUGGGUAAAAAAUAUAGCAUCUGUACUGGUAGUUUUUAGUCACCCGUAACAUCAUUACUUUGAUUUCCAAUCCCAGCUUAAUUAUCACACUUUCCGGAUCCUGCAAGUUCGCCCAUAUCUUCGAUAGUUUUUGGAAGCUUUGUAAAAUGUUUAUUUGGAUCUGGUCUUGUUUUUGCAUAAUUUCCUGCAUUUUCGGAUUUCGAUUUGGACAACAAGCUUUUGCAAGAUUGGCUGAAAAAUCACACAAGAAGUCUUCGAAUGAUGUUGCUCGCUCACCUUUUGUUCAAGAAGUUCUUUUUUGGGAACCAUAUGAUUCAAGUGGGAAAACUGCAUGGCAGGAAAUCCGAAACUGUUUGCGAUCGGCCACCAGGAGCAUCAAAAUCGCUACUUUCAUUCUGCGUGGUCAUUGCAUCUCUGACGAACUGCAGUUAGCUGCCGCCCGCGGUGUAAAGGUGGAAAUCAUUAUCGACGGCAAGCAGCUGGACCAUCGUGGCUGCCAUCCUGAAAAUCUGGCUAAGGAUUCUUUCAUCAGGACAGAUGGACGAAAUGUCAUUCAGUGCCGAAUUUAUCGAAAAACGCGCCAUCAGGAUCAGAGAAAAUUCUCAGAUUGGGGCCUGCAGUCUGGAUCACACAGGACGCCACGGAAUAACGUUAGUGGCAUUUUCCACAAGAAAUAUGUCAUUAUUGACGAAAGUUUUGUUAUUUUUGGAUCGAGCAACUUAACGGAUGACUCCUUGCGUUCGCACUAUGAGAAUUUCAUCAUCACCGGUGAUAUGCGGUACACUGAGCCUUUGUUGAAAGACUUUAAUAGAGAAUGGCUGGAAUUGGCACCGGUUUAGAAUUGCUGG